AUGAAAGCAGGAAGCGCCACAUACUCUUAUGGCUUCAAGCGCCCGGUGUGCUGCAAGUUCCAUGUCGAAGGCGCGUUCUCCCUCCGACUAGGCCACUAUCUCGCAACGGAACACGACGGAUUUCCGCGCGCUGUCCGAUGGCUCAUCAGCUUCUCUGUUCUCUACUUCGGCUUCAUCUCCACCCGUGACAUCCUGGCUGAACACCUUCGCCGUCCACAUCUUUUCUGCCCCAAAGAAGACAAACCGCCGCCGCCCACAGCCCGCAUCAACGUGUCACUCGAGAUCUCCGUCACGCCGACCCUCCCACGCUUCGGCGAGUCCCUCCCGCAACUGGCCGCCUGGGCCGUCCAUGGGACUGACUUCGCGCGCCGCAUCAUCCUCAUCCUCGAGGCCGCCUCGCGUACCUUUGACGCGCUCGACCGGAAGCUCGGCAAGCAGGAGCAGACGCAGCGCAAGCAGCUCGAGUACUUUAGCGGCGGCGGCGGCAACAGCAGCGACAGCAAGGAGGUUGAGGAGGUUGCGCGGGGAUGUGUUCAAGGCGCUGGAGAGCGUCGUUCCACGCUCAGCCGUGACGACGAUCCGGUGCCGCGCGACGCAGGCCGAGAUGGAUCAGCUUCGCGGCCUGAGGGGGAGAGUGCAGAGGGUGUUGGUGCCGAGGACGACGGAGCUGCUGAGGGCGUCGCAGGUAUUGGCGGCAGAGGCGAGGGUCGAGGGGCCUAG